UAUGCGUCAACUCUUUCGAGUCUCCGCCCUUGUGCAUUAAAACUCACUGCGCGAAGCUGCUUGCUCUCUUGGUUUUACGCGGUGGAAAGAUUUUAUUCUCACAGCCCACCAUUAAGGGCUGGCAGUGUAAAUUUGCAGGAAAAGGGUGCUCAGUCCUGCUUGUGGCUCUCGUCCAAGUCUUGACAAUGGGAUCAGGGUCAUCUCUACCUGGCUCCAUCACUUUUAUGCAAAAUGCUUUAUAGUCAUGGCUGAGAAUCAGCGCACCUUUAUUGCCAUCAAGCCAGAUGGUGUGCAGAGAGGAAUAAUUGGGGAAGUCUUGACAAGAUUUGAAAGGAAGGGUUUCAAACUAGUUGCCAUGAAAAUGCUCCAACCAUCAGAGGAUCUGCUGAUGCAGCACUACUUUGACCUGAAAGACCGUCCAUUCUUUCCAGACCUUGUGAAUUUCAUGAGCAGUGGUCCAGUGGUUGCCAUGGUGUGGGAAGGCAAAGGGGCUGUUAAAACUGGCAGGGUAAUGCUUGGUGAGACCAACCCAGCAGAUUCUAAACCUGGAACAAUUAGAGGAGACUUCUGCAUUGAUGUCAGCAAAAACAUCAUCCAUGGAAGUGACUCAAUCGAGAGUGCUGAAAAGGAGAUUGCCUUGUGGUUCAAACCAGAAGAGCUGACUAGCUACACGAGCUGUGCAUCCAGCUGGGUCUACUGAGCAGUGCGGUUCAAUAACUUUGGCCUAUUUUACCAACAACAGAAGUAGUCUUUUCAGACCAUCUGUUUUCCAAAUACAUUCAGACUACUUUGGGGGUUAAUUUGUCUUGAAAACAUUCCAUUUAUUUUGUGUUGGAUGACUUUGUCCAAUUAUUACUUCUAAAUAAAUGUUGAUGUUCCAGA